AUGAAACAAGUGAUUUGUGGGGAAAAUUCUGGAAAUCAAAAAUUCAUCCUCGGCUUCAGCUUUUAUGCUGGAAGAUUUUCUCGGAUUUGUCAUGUGGUUCGCGGCAUCUGGUUCAGAAGCUUCUGGGGUUUGAGGAGUGAUGGUCUGAAGUGGGAUUCUCUCAAGGAUUGUGGUGAGUGGUGGUGCGGCCUUAAAGAUGAUAAUCUGGCCUUAUUCACUGCUUGUGUUUGGGAUACGAUCUGGAGAUGGCGCAAUGAAAUGGUGCACAAUGACAGAAGUGGCAGUUUAGAGGAUAUAUAUGCCGAUUGUAUGCGUAGAUAUAGUGAGUUCCAAUCGACUCACUAUUCAAGUUUAGCUGAUAUUAAUCCUGGGUUGGGCGGGGAAAAACCUCACCAACACCUGCCUCUUGAUGUAUGUUGUAUUCGUGUGGAUGCUUCAGUUUUCCAGGAGCAAGCGGGCUUUGCUGCAGUGAUUUUUUCGGGGAGUAACUUAGAGAAUCAAGCCGUCGUAGCUCCUAUGGAAAAUAUGCUCACUGCUGUGAACUUUGGAAAAGUUUAUAGUGUGUUGGAAGGAGAGUUGCAGGGUAUUAUGUUGGCCUUACACUUGGCUUUGGAGGCUGGAAUUCAGGAAGUGCGUAUAGAGUCGGACUCCAUGGCUGCUGUCAAUGCUUUCCAGGCGGGUUUUUUGCCUUUUUGUUGGGACACUUAUCCUCUGUUUUGUAACUGUCUUCGUUUGUGUAAGAAGUUUGUCAUGGUAAAUGUGUCUUAUAUUCCUAGGGAGCUGAAUGUUGUUGCUGAUAAAUUGGCAAAGUGGGCUAGAAUUAACUCUGUGAAUCGUUCAGGUCGUAUUGGGGAUGUGGCCCCUUUUGUAAUCCCUUGUUUGUUGUAG